AUGGCGGUAAAAGGGCAGUCCAUUUGCGAAGAUGCUCCUUAUGAAAUAGGGUGGUGGCCCGAGGAUGGCGGCAAGCUUGCUUCCUCCAGUAUCCAUUCACUGUCUAUGCAGUUGCGCCACUAUCUGGUAAAUGGGUACGGAUACCCAAACAAAACAGUGCUACUGUUUGGCUACUCGAACCAAGCCGCCGUUGGCCUCUAUAUUGGCAAAGGGUUGCAAAAUGAAGGGGUCGGCUCAUUUGCUCUUAAGGCGCUAGGAGACAGUGUAUUAGAGCCAGAGGUCAAGACAUCAAGCGUAGCCAUGCAACUAUGCCAGGCAGGAUAUGACGCUGAUCAUAUCUUUGGUUUCAUAGCCACCAGCAAUGGCUCCUUCACCCCUAUACAAAGGGCGCUCAGGACUUGGGCCAAGGCAGAGUGUCUCUCCAUCACCAAGUCCAAGAAUAUCACUGGCCCCGCCUACUUCACCACCCCUCUGUUAGGCCCUGCAAUAGACUCAGCUCUGCGUGGUAGUAACGCACAACAACCACUUCCGCCAGAAGCAAGCGUCUUUCGGCCCGAGCCGAUGGCUGGACAAACCGAGUCCAAACGGGCGAAAGGUGCGGCUCUUUAG